AUGGAAGACCCCUUGCUUGAAUGCCAUUAUGCAGGCCACAAGGGGCAGGUGACUUCUGUCAGCUUCAACCCAAACCUGACUCAAGUUGCGUCGGGCGGCCUCGAUGGUGCCGUCAUGGUCUGGAAUCGAAAACAAUCGAUGCGUGCUUUCCGUCUAGUAGGCCACAAGGAUGGGGUUCAGUCGGUUCAGUUUUCGCCAUCGGGCCGCUUGGUGGCCUCGGGAUCGCGCGACUGUACUGUGCGUCUUUGGGUACCUUCGGUCAAGGGCGAGUCGACCGUUUUCAAAGCCCAUACCGGCACUGUCCGGUGCGUGCGCUUCAGUCAAGAUGGCUCCUUCCUCGCCACGAGCAGCGACGACAAAUCCAUCAAAAUCUUCAGCACCUACAGACAAAAGUUUCGUCUCUCUCUGAAAGGCCACACCAACUGGGUGCGCUCCGUGUCGCCGUCGCCUGAUGGACGGCUAGUAGCCUCAGGGUCGGAUGACAAAACAGUGAAAAUCUGGGAUCUAGCCAGCAAGACCUGUGCACAGACCUUUUUCGAGCCCGAUGGCAUGAUCACGAGCGUUGCUUUUCACCCAGAUGGCACCUGCGUGGCGGCCGGCUGCUCGGACAGCACGGUCAAGAUUUGGGACAUCCGAACAAACAAGCUGUUGCAACACUAUCAAGUCCAUGACGAUGCCGUGAACGACAUCAGCUUUCAUGCCAGUGGGGAUUUCUUGCUCACCGCUUCUACAGAUUCUACCCUCAAGAUCCUGGACCUGCGGGAAGGGCACCUCUUCUAUACUUUGCACGGGCACCAAGACGCGGCCACAGCCGCUGCCUUUAGUCCCGACGGCUCCAUGUUCGCUUCUGGUGGUGCCGACAACAAGGUUCUGGUUUGGCAGACCCGCUUCGAUAAAUACUUGAGCGAGCUUCUCCUUGAUGAGCCCCACGACCCUGCCAGUUUGAGGCCCGCACCAAUGGCAAAUCCCCGCGAGGAUACGCGCCACGCACCAUCUCGGGGUGCCGCAACUCCACAGCCCCCAACUGCUGCGCUACAACCAACCGAUCUUCCUUACUCGCUUACGUCCACCUUGGAACACAUUGUCUCCCAGCUGGACGUGCUGACGCAGACCGUCUCGAUCCUCGAGGAGCGGCUCACCUACGUAGAAGAGUCCAUGACCGCCCGUGACCCAGUCCCAGCUGGCACCAAGCGCCCCAUGCGGCCCUAA